AUGGCAAAAGAAAGCCCAGUUGCCCUUCCCCAGCUGCUGGUGGUGCUGCCUUGCCUGGUUGCACUUCCUCUACUGGGGCCCUCUGCUUUGCUGGUGCUGGCUGCUCUUGCCCAACUGUUGGUGUUGCCUGCUGUGGCAGGCCCAGGUGCCCUUCCCCAGCUCCAGCUGCUGCCUUGCCUGGUUGCUGGCCUGGUUGCACUUGCUGUGGUAGGCUUUGCUGCCAUUGCCCAACUGCUGGUGGUGGCUGCUGUCCUGGUGCUGGGUGGGCUGCUUGCCCUUGCUGUGGUAGGCUGUGCUGCCCUUGCCCAACUGGUGCUGUCUGCUGUCCUGGUUGCACUUGCUGUGGUUGGCCUAGCUGCUCUGGAGCACCUGGUGGUACAGGCUGCUGUCCUGGUUGCACUUGCUGAGGUAAAGCUUGCUGCCCUUGCCCAACUGCUGGUGCUGGCUGCUGGCCAGACUGCACUUGCUGAGGUUGGCCUAGUUGUGCUUGCCCAACUGGUGGUUGCUGGGCUGGUUGCACUUGCUGAGGUUGGCCUAGCUGCUCUGGAGCAACUGGUGGUGGAGGCUGCUGUCCUGGUUGCAUUUGCUGCCAUUGCCCAACUGCUGGUGGUGGCUGCUGUCCUGGUGCUGGCUGGACUGCUUGCACUUGCUGUGGUAGGCUUUGCUGCCCUUGCCCUGCUGGUGCUGUCUGCUGGUCUAGUUGAACUUGCUGAGGUUGGCCUAGUUGCCCUGGAGCAACUGGUGGGACAAGCUGCUGCCCUUCCACUUGCUGUGGUAAGGUUUGCUGCCCUUGCCCAACUGCUGGUGCUGUCUGCUGGCCUGGUUGCACUUGUUGAGGUUGGCCUAGCUGACCUGGCCCAACUGCUGGUUUCUGGCCUGGUUGCACUUGCUGUGGUAGGCUUUGCUGCCAUUGCCCAACUGGUGCUGUCUGCUGGCCUGGUUGAACUUGCUGAGGUUGGCCUAGUUGCCCUGGAGCAGCUGGUGGCACAAGCUGCUGCCCUUGCACUUGCUGUGGUAAGGUUUGCUGCCCUUGCCCAACUGCUGGUGCUGUCUGCUGGCCUGGUUGCACUUGCUGAGGUUGGCCUAGUUGCCCUGGAGGUGGGACAAGCUGCUGCCCUUCCACUUGCUGUGGUAAGGUUUGCUGCCCUUGCCCAACUGCUGGUGCUGUCUGCUGGCCUGGUUGCACUUGCUGAGGUUGCCCUAGCUGACCUGGCCCAACUGCUGGUUGCUGGCCUGGUUGCACUUGCUGUGGUAGGCUUUGCUGCCCUUGCCCAACUGGUGCUGUCUGCUGGUCUGGUUGCACUUGCUGAGGUUGGCCUAGUUGCCCUGGAGCAACUGGUGGGACAAGCUGCUGCCCUUGCACUUGCUGUGGUAAAGCUUGCUGCCCUUGCCCAACUGCUGGUGCUGGUGGUGGUUGCACUUGCUGUGCUUGCCCUUGUUGCCAUGGUUGCACUUGCUGAGGUAAGGCUUGCUGCCCUUGCCCAACUGCUGGCUCUGGUUGCUGGCCUGGUUGCACUUGCUGUGGUAGGCUUUGCUGCCAUUGCCCAACUGCUGGUGGUGGUUGCACUUGCUGAGGUUGGCCCAGCUGCUCUGGAGCAACUGGUGGUACAGGCUGCUGUCCUGGUUGCACUUGCUGUGGUAUGCCUUGCUGCCAUUGCCCAACUGCUGGUGGUGGCUGCUGCCCUAGUGCUGGCUGGACUGCUUGCACUUGCUGUGGUAGGCUUUGCUGCCAUUGCCCAACUGGUGGUGGUGGCUGCUGUCCUGGUGCUGGCUGGACUGCUUGCACUUGCUGUGGUAAGCUUUGCUGCCAUUGGCCAACUGCUGGUGGUGGCUGCUGUCCUGGUGCUGGCUGGACUGCUUGCACUUGCUGUGGUAAGCUUUGCUGCCCUUGCCCAGCUGCUGGUGGUGGCUGCUGUCCUGGUGCUGGCUGGACCGCUUGCACUUGCUGUGGUAUGCUUUGCUGCCCUUGCCCAACUGGUGCUGGCUGCUGUCCUGGGUGGGCUUGCUGGGGUUGGCCUAGUUGUGCUUGCCCAACUCCUGUUUGCUGGGCUGGUUGCACUUGCUGAGGCUGGCCUUGCAUGCACCCACCUGCUGGGAACUGCUGCUGGCCUGGUUGCACUUGCAGUGGUUGGCCUUGUGGCACUUGCCCAACUGCUGCUGGGAACUGCUGUUGGGGCUGGCCUGCUUGCACUUGUUGAAGUUGGCCUUGUGGUGCCUGUUGUUGGCCACCUGUUGGUGUCAGCUGCUGUCCUGGCUCCAUUUGCUGUGGCACUUGUGGGUUGA